AUGACAGCGGACUCUCUUCCUUCUAUUCAAGGAAAGAGCUUUUCUUUUUUUUUUUUUUUCAGUCCAGCAUUGGGUUUUUCCAUCGAGAGGUUUUCUGGCCAAGUUUUCCGGUGCUUUUCCACCUGUUCAACUGUACUAACCAAACAGCACACCUUUGAGACCGCUGAUGCCGGUGCCGCUUUGACCUUCCCAAUGCAAUGUUCUGCUUUGAGAAAGAACGGUCACGUUGUCAUCAAGGGUAGACCAUGUAAGAUUAUCGACAUGUCCACCUCCAAGACUGGUAAGCACGGUCACGCCAAGGUCCACUUGGUUGCCACCGACAUUUUCACUGGUAAGAAGUUGGAAGACUUGUCUCCAUCCACCCACAACAUGGAGGUUCCAAACGUGACCAGAGCCGAGUACCAAUUGUUGGACAUUGACGACGGUUUCUUGUCUUUGAUGACCAACGACGGUGACACCAAGGACGACGUCAAGAUCCCAGACGGUGAGUUGGGUGACAAGAUCCAAGCCGACUUUGACGAGGGCAAGGACUUGAUCAUCUCUGUCAUUUCUGCCAUGGGUGAGGAAGCCGCCAUUUCCCACAAGGAGGCACCAAAGUCCUAA